UGCUCUCGGUGCCGUUCAAGUUGCUCUCCGUGAGUGGUCGCGGUUCCGCGAAAUAUGCUCCAAGCGUGCCGUUCGUGGUGAGCGCCACAAAAACCCGAAAGCAUACCGGUGGCGCGUAUUUAGUUUCGUUGUACGUCGGGCUCGAUAUUGCACUUUGUUUAGGUUAUAUUACUCUGGCACCGAUCGGGAAAUUCAGUCAGUUAUUCGCGGUACGUUGAUGGUAAUGGUUGCUAUCGGACGUUUUCUUUUCGUAUUUGUCCCGUCGUCUUUGUCGUCCUCGCCAUCAUCAUAAUCAUCAUCAUCAUCAUCAGUGUUGUCGUUGUGGUUGUUAGACACACGUUGACGUUAAAGGCGCCAGCCGCUUUUGCCAUUUGUUGAACAGUUUGUGUAGUACACGGUGUGGUCGCAGAUGUGCUUGAUUUACCAAGUGGUGGAUUGUGUGAGGAAUUGAAUCAAUGUUGAAGUUUUGUAAAUUGUACAACACGUACUAAUAACGAUCCUUUUUCAAUACGGUUCGCAAAGUGUUGCCAGUGCAAACAUAGUGGUGCAAACAAAAGUGCGGUGAAACAGAUUUGCCUGUUUGGCAAACGGGCAAACAAUAUUGACCCGUGUUCCGGAAAAAAGCCAGCAUGUAAACCGUUGUUUUGUUGACAAACAACUUCAUCGUUGCGGAAGAAAACAUAAUUUUUCUUCACCUUUCAGAAUUUCUCUUGGAAACAGCAAGACGUAAAAGUUAAAACAAAGAAGCAUUAAGCACUGGGAGACACAAAAGCAAAGUAACGCAAAAGUCAUCGCCAUGAAGAUCGCUGAUCGAGGCGAUGAUGAUCACACUAUUGCACCACAUCGCAACAACUUUCCGCGACGUCCACUUACCCUCCACGUAGUGGGCUAGUGCAUAUACAUUUUUAAUAUAAUCUAAAAUUGAAUCCUCCCUCAUUUGUUGGAAAAUUUGGCAACGAAAAUAACACGGCGCACAAGUACGAAAAAUCGUUAUUUGUUCUUAGGAGCGUUCAACGUUGGCAGAAUACUAAUUGAGUUUUGGGUAUCCUUCUGUCCUGUGGAACCUGUGAACCACCAUUGCAUUUCAUGUACAAACUGGUGGUCGAAAACCCAUGGUGUGAGUGUUGUUGUUGCUGAUAAUUAACUGCUAACUCGUACGAACUCUCUCCAAGUCACGUUGGAAAUGCAACAACGUUUCGCAAGCACCGCAACGGACAUCCUGAGCACGGUACGUUGCAUGAUUCUAAAAAAAGGAUAUUAUUCGAUUGUGCACAGCAGUAUACGGUGAAAUCAAACGUUUGCCAUCGCUGUUGAACCUGGAGCUGAAACCGUGCUCUAGUGUGCUAACCAGUAGUGGACAAAUGUUUUCGUCUCGGUACGCUGUUAUUUGCCCGUCAUCACUGACACGCUUCAGAAUCGUUCGAAUGUCCUAACGCGCCUGUCGGUUUGGAAUUUCGCGACGUUCAGACACGCACGCAACACAACAAAAGGUGUCGAUCAGUAUCAAAAUCUGUUAGCGUCGAGCCUCCCGGGCCACGUGUGCAACGUUUGUACCGACAGCGUCACCUGCAGGCUUGUGACCCACACACCAAACCCACGGACGAAGUUUCACUGUCCCCUGGUGCGUUGUCACCAGCGCAAGGUGGUAAAUAUUUCGGCACAACACAAUCAGGUACCACCACCAACCCGGGAGUUGAUGCAGCCGGGCUCAAAAUUAUUUGCACGCAAAGUUUGUCAACUGCUGAGUGGCAGACGAGUGUAAAGAAACGGACAACAGGAGCAAAGAGUGUUCUCUUCCUUCACAUACAGAACUACGGUUUCUAUUGCUCAGUGUGCAAUCACAUCCGGGCCAUCAUUGGAAGAAGCUGCAGCCUGAGAUAAGCGUGGCAUGAGUGGCAUGACGCGACUACAGUCAGUGUGAUAGAGGAUCUUUCGUUUUCGGUUUGCAAUUGUGGGAAAUAUUCGAGUGGUCGAAGUGUUGGUGUUCGUGAGUGUGGAAGGGGGGAAUAUUUUGGGGGAUUUGUUGUAUUCAGCGUAGAGGUGCAAACGUGCUUUGAUUUGUGUGCGAAGAAUGCGAGUGUAGGGAAAGUGUCGUAGCGAAAGCAAAGUCAUCCUCCUUGCCGCGUGCAAAGCCGUUUAAGGAGCACCGUUUUGUCUGUGGAAAAGGUGUUUAAAGUGCCGGGGCAGAUUUUAUUCUGAUUGUUUUCUCUGAGCCUUUUUGUGUGUGUUUGUGUUCCGCUUUUGUCCUUGACUACCAGCCUGUAAUUGUGCAGUAGAAGAUGCAGCACCAUCCAGGCUCGUGGUACAUUCCGUGGGGCGUCCCAGGUAUGGGGCUGCAGAAGAUGCUAGCCGUACCGUUCAAUCCGGCCACGGCCGGUUUCCAUCAGCCACAGAUAGCGGCCGCAGCCGUACAGCCACCGACCGUACAGCAGGUGCAAAGUCCGCAGGUACAGCAGGCUGCCGCUACACAGCAGGCCGCCGCCUAUCAGCAUCCGUUGCAUCAUCCGGCCGCUGCACUGCAUAACACGGCCGCCGUAGCCGCCGCAGCUGCAAUGCAUCAACAUCAACAGCAUCAGCACCAGCACCAGCAUCAGCAUCAGCAUCCGCAUCAGCAUCAACAUCAGCCGCUACAUCCGGCGGCUGCAGCGGCCAUGUUCACACCGCUGACGCUGCGGAGCUUCGUCACACAUCCGCAUCUGAAUCUGGGCCAGCAACCGAUGGCUACCGCCCAGCAGCCUCAGCAACCACAGCUCACAGCGAGCCAAACGCAGUCGCAGCUAACCACCAUCAAUCUGAACAGCGUCGGUGUCGUUCCAGUGCGCCAGAAGACGGCCCCGGUCAGCGUCCCGUCGAACACACUCAUCAUGCCGAUGAGAAAGAUUAUCAUGACGGAAAAGGAAAAAACGAAACUGGUCUCAACCGAGAAGCGAAAAGCGGACGAAAGCGAACCGGUCAAGGAUUUGAAAAAGGCUAAGCUGGAAACCAAAGCUUUGAAAGCAAAACGGCCCGGUUUCACCGAUGAGCGGUACCAUGAAACAUCGUACUAUAUAGAAAAUGGCCUACGGAAAGUUUAUCCAUACUAUUUCACUUUCACCACGUUCACCAAAGGUCGCUGGGUGGGUGAAAAAAUUUUAGACGUAUUUGCCAGAGAGUUUCGAGCACACCCAGCAGAGGAGUACGAACGGUGCAUUAAGGCAGGUACUCUAACCGUGAACUACGAAAAAGUGCCAACUGACUAUAGGUUAAAACAUAACGAUCUCCUAGCGAACAUCGUACACAGACAUGAAGUUCCAGUAACUAGUCAGCCAAUCACAAUAGUGCACAUGGACGACGAUAUUGUGGUUGUGAACAAACCAGCAUCUAUACCAGUACAUCCCUGUGGACGUUACCGUCACAAUACGGUCGUGUUCAUCCUGGCGAAGGAGUAUAAUCUGAAAAAUCUCCGCACCAUCCAUCGGUUGGAUCGGCUCACGUCCGGAUUGCUGCUGUUUGGGCGCAGUCCCAAGAAGGCCCGCCAGAUGGAACACCAGAUUCGGAACCGGCAGGUGCAGAAAGAGUACAUCUGCCGGGUGGAAGGCGAAUUUCCUGAUGGCAUCAUCGAGUGUAAGGAGCCAAUCGAGGUAGUCAGCUACAAGAUCGGUGUGUGCAAGGUUUCUCCCAAGGGUAAGGAAUGUACGACCACAUUCCAGAAGCUCGGUUUCAACGGCAGCAGCAGUGUCGUCCUGUGCAAACCCCUCACUGGCCGUAUGCACCAGAUUAGGGUGCAUCUGCAAUAUCUCGGCUAUCCGGUAGUGAACGAUCCACUGUACAACCACGAUGUGUUCGGUCCGGCCAAGGGUCGUGGUGGCGAUAUCGGUGGCAAAAGUGACGAGCAGCUGGUGAAGGAUCUGAUCAAUAUUCACAAUGCAGAAAAUUGGCUCGGCAUCGAUGGUGACUCGGAACUGUCAAUGUUUAAACCGAUGAAAAACGAUCUGGACGAUGUGAAAGGACAAAUACUGUCGGACGAUGACUCGGAAAGCGUUUCCCGUGAGGCAUCACCCUGCUCGGAAAGUCCACGACCCGUAUCGCUCGGCAGCGAAAGUCCCCAUGAGAAUAUGUGCGCCUCGAUGCUGGUUCCUAAUACACUGAGCGCGGUUAGUAGCACCGGCAUUAGCACGAACACUAGCACCGGCAAUAGCAACAGUGCCGUCAGCGCAGUGGGAACUAACACCAUCCUGUGCAGUCGGAUGCAGUCCCAGAAGCGAAAACCAAAAUCAGCUUGGGAAUGCACUAAACGUGCCACUACACCGUCCCCAACGUUGGCAGCCGCACCGAACGUACAGGUUGAUGAUGCAGGAACAGCAUUUGAAGAGUGCAACAAAUUGGCAACAGUACCAACGAGUGUUGCCACUACAGCCAGUACUGUUGCUGGUACUACUUCUGCUGCUGCUGCUGUUGCUGCUGUUGCUGUUGCUGCUGUUACUGCUACUACUGCCACUACUGUGGCCAUUGAUGCUACUGGUGCUAAUGUUACUGUCGCCACCCAAACCGGACACGAAUCGCCCGACUUAGCCUUUAAUCCCGACAAAAUGACAACCGACAAACACUGCUACGAAUGCAAAGUGCGCUACCGGGAUCCCAAGCCGCAGGAUUUGGUCAUGUAUCUGCACGCCUGGAAGUACAAGGGUCCUGGCUGGGAGUACGAAACGGAACUACCGGAAUGGGCUAGAGUUGACUGGCACGAUAAUGAAUUUGAGUAGGGUGAUUAAGCGCGCGAAUAAGUUUGUAGGUUUUUUUGCCAUUGACAAAAGCAGCUCCAAACAGCUGUUUGCGAAAAACCUACAACCUACAAGGGGAAACAAGAAAAAAAAACAACUGUGACCAAAACACAUGUGUGAUUUAAAAACAUUGUGUUCUCUAACGUAACAUAAGUCGACGUACGGCUUACUAAAACCAUAAAUCACAAAUUUAGAGAAAGAAGAAACAGAAAAAAGACACAAACCGAAUGGAUCAAAUUGCAGCGCACGCCCGCCCGCCGUAGUGGUUUAGUGCGUGAAAGACUCUAAGCAUUAGCAUUGAAAUAGUAGGGGAUAUUUUUGUUAAGAAUAUUCAUAAACAACAAAAUAACACAAACUGGAACCAAUCCCAAAGGGAAAGAGAAGAAGAAAAAAAACACGCACACCGAACCAUAAAACACGUAUUAGACUAGAAUGUCUUACGGAAAACUAUAAAUCAAAAGUGAAAGGACGAAGUAUGUUUUCCCUUAUUUACAAUACAAUAUUACCAAACGUUCAAUGAAGGUCGGCAGCGAUAAACGGCACCCAAAAACCAUAUCGCGCAUGGUGAUAAAGAAGCGUACCAUUUUGCGAAAAGGAAUUCCUCCAAAAAUGAACUCUUACCACUAGCAUGCCGGGGUAUGUAAUAUAACUCACGUUUCUUUUCUUUUUUUUACAAUGAAUCAUAUAUGUCAACCAAACGUAGACGAUAGGAAAAUUGCUUGCUACAGGGCGAACUGCCUGACCGAGGCGGACAAAGCAUAAUGGAUGGAUGUCUGUACGCACACACGGAAAGAACAUUUGAUAGGGAUCUUCUUCCAUCGCGGGGCGGAACGGUAUCGAAUUAUAACACUGCAGUUAACGUUAUAUUUUUAUGAUAGUUAUAUAGUAUCGAAGAAAGCACAUUAAUCCAUCACCUACACACGGGUAUGUGAUGUGCACACAGGCAGUUGUGUGAAAGAGGAAAAGUGCAUGUUAAAAAGGUGUCAUGCAUGUGUGUUUUUUGAAUUAUUACUUGUGCGAAUUUUAUAAAACAAAAAAAAAAACAAAUAUUCUUAAUAGUGUUGUUCGAAACAUAUGUCUUAUUCACAUUGUAACGGUCCAACGCUUGUGUCCCCUUUCUCUACAUGUUGUUCACGAUUUUUCAUAUUUUUUUUAAAUAUUACUUCUUGGUAAUUGAAAUGUUUAUGCAUUUAUAACCACUAUCAAACUUAAUUGUUUUCUAGACAAACAAAUAAGUACAGUAUCUUUACCUUACUUUAGUAGCUUUUAAUUUUCCUUUUUAUCAUCGAUCGAAUUAUAUCGUUUACUACACAAGUGUAGGAUUGGGGCAAAGAAAUGAAACUAAAUUUGCCAUUUGCAAUAUUAGACAAUACAGUGACAGGGUUCUGUUUCAUUGCUUGGCGUAUUGGGCUCAUACACAAACAAACGAGAAACCGUGAAAAACGCGUUAUAAUUUCCUCCCUCCCGAGACCAAAAUAGUUUGUAUGCAUCCUUUUUGAAUUUCUGUUUUCUUUUAAGCAACAAAAAAAAUGAUGCAACUUUACUAUAUAAAUUUAAUAAGCGAACGAAGACGAAAGAUUACGAUUUGUAUGGGUUUAAUUGCAGAAAGUGCAACAAACUAAAAGACCACAACGAGCGGACGUUUUAGUUUUAGUAAGCAAACAAUAACAGCAACACACAAGAAGAAAAAAACAAUUAUCAUAAAGUAAAACUUGUCAUAAAACAAAAGACGAACGGCAAUAUAAAUUGCUAAUAUUAUCAUAUUUUGCGCUAACGUGUAGCGUGCGUUUUAGUUAGUAAAGUUAAUUGUAUGUUGUGUUUUUAUGUUCUUAUUGUAGCUUUAGCAAAUUAUGGCACACGACAACAAAUGGCGCAUAUUUUAGCAUCGUUAACUAAUCACGAUUUCUGGUGUAGCACAGCUGAAAUGAAUUUGCUCCAAACAAACGGUGUAACACAACCAUUGUACUGGGUUGUUCUGUUUUGGUAGAUGUUGCUAUAAUUUGAUUGCGUUUAUUUGUCUUGUUGAAUCGGGGUUUUUGUCGGACUUUCUCGAUCGAGCUUCUACUGUGCCAACUGGUUGGUACGUGGUGGAAACAACUGCAACAAAAUCAAAGGCAACACUCUCCCCCUAAGUCGUCAUUCAAUCAAACCAACUACCACGACACACCUUCCGUUGAUUUUGGCGCUUUUCCGCCAUUUGACCAACAUUUCCAACGAGUUACGAUUCAUUCAUCGCAGCGAAUCACGGUGAUUGCCACAAGGAGUGCGCUUUAGAUUUUUUGUUGCUCUGUUAUUGUCUCCAUCGUAAGUAAUUGGUGGUCGGAACGGAAUUUGCCGCAAAACUCUAAAACGUAAAUAAAACACCAAAACUACACACGCACAACGUGUAGCGUCGGGUUGAUGGUUUUGCUGCACAGGGGACAAUUUUGGUGUUCCUGAUUGGAAUGAAUUCUCGACUCAAUGGUUUCCCCUUUUUUGAUGGGUCGAGCGGCGGUGAUAGGGACAGACGUGCGAGAGGAUGAAGAAGGAUGGAAGCAAAAUACUUUUUCCACAUGGUACCAAACCCACCUGUACGAUCAGGAAGUUGUCCCUGGUAAUUCGAGAGUUUUUGGGGGAAAAAGUUUUCCAAAAAAGACGCUUUGUGGAAAAUUAACUUUUCCACCUUGCGGAUGUGAAGAUGGGAAAAAAAUAAAAGCCAUCUUUAGCUGUACAUUGAAACACAGUUUUGAGCAGACAGCACACAUAUGAAGUGGAGCGGUAGUCUUGUUUUUUUUUUUUGUUCCCUUGCCGUAGUUGGGCACCGGUCCCGGUUACCUUGCCGAAACAGAACAAGAUGGUUUUUGAAUCGGUUUUUGGCUGGUAUUGCUUGCGGUACACUCGGAAUGCGAUUGUGCGAGUGGAAGGAAAAGUUGAAAGUUAAAAAUCAAAUGUAGCAUAAAUACAUAAGACGCGGUGUCGCAAGGUUUCAAGAUAACUUUCUUCUACUGAGCAAUCAAGUUGAGACUCAUAAAAAGACAUAAAACGUGUUAAGCUGGGAGAGUGCGGAGUAAAAAAUACCGCACACCAAUCGAGAGUACGAUUAAUUCACAAAAAGGGAAACUCCUGUAGCGGAACAAAACAUACGAAAAAAAACACACACAGGAAGCAAUGGCAAUCUAGUGCAUUGAAAAGCAAAAAAAAAACAAGGCUUUAUAAAAAAGCCUAUGAACUCUGCUCUACAACUUUAGCGUAUUUUUGGUAGCAGGAAGUAGGGAAAACUAUUCAUCAUCCGUCGGUAGUCGAGGAGCAGGAGUCGUGCGCCAGCAGUAGAAAGUCUCGAUCGGAACUUCACUCGCAAAUGUAUGCAAAGGAAAUGAAAAUUCCUUUCCGCCGUUUCUCUCUGUCUUUCCUUUAUACUCUCCAUUACCCUGCGUUGUCUGAUUGUUCCUGGAAGAAGAUGUGGAAAUCAUUCUGUGCUACAUUUACUUACGCAAAAACCUAAAGUUAUUUGAAAAUCAUGAUUUGCAAACCGGAAACGAUCGACGGUAAUGAUAUUUGUUCGUGCUCUUUCGGCAGCUAGAAGGCAGAAAGUUACAGAAACGAACAAAAGAAACGCUAAAAGAACGAUUUUUUAAACAAAUUUGAUGAGCAUUUUUCAUUUUUAGCAAACAAAAAUGGGAAUGGAAAAACAAGCAAGCGAGAGAGAGGGAGAGAUAGAGAGAGAGAAAGAGAGCUAAACAAGGCGAAAGCAAAUAUCCGUUCAACCGCCUUACUCGUAAGCCAUUUUAUAUACUAUAUAUAUAGCCGAAAGUAAACCAUUUGCGUACGUGGUUGGCAAGUUUUUAUUCUUCUUCAUUCGCUCUUCAUUCGUAUACGUAUGUUUACGACCAGGAGAAUAUGUAAACGACAAAAGACACAUUUUCUAAUCAUUCAAUUUUAAUAGUUUCUUCGCAUGUUAAAUUGUUAGUGUUUCGUAUGUUUUUUUUUCUUCUUCUGUGGUCUUCUUUUAAGGAAAUAAGAUUUUCUAAGCUCAAUUUCGAGCUUUUUGCUAGUGUUUAGUUACUACGUUCUGCGUUUGCAUUAAUAUGUUAGCCGUACGAUAUCCUCCUCUUGUUCUGUGUUUUUUUUUUGUUGUGCAUUGUGCCUGUAUGUACGUUAUGUAUUUAUGCGUAUAAACAUUUUAUGUUAAUUAUCUACAUGAGCAUAUCGUUUAUGGUUUUAUUUAAUAGGAUUUUUGUUAAGUUAGACAACUGCUCAGCGUUACAAUUCUUUCACUCAAUUCUGCAAUUCGUGUGGCAUUCAUUAGAACGCAAGUAAGAAAACAAUAGGCAAUCGUGUAACAUUCGUUUAGUUUAUUUAUACUGCAAGCUCAUUCGUUUACAAUAUUUUAAUUGAUUGUAUCACUUGUGUGGUUAUUACAUUUUAUUUGUUAAAUAAUUUUCUUUGCUUUAACUUUUUUUUCUACUUCAUUCCCCGUAAGACAUGUUAAAAAAUAUUCUUUAAUUCUUAAUUAGUUCUUCACAGAUUGCUUUUGUUUACCUCUUCUCUUUUGUUUUACAAUUGUAUAUUCUGUUGUUUAAUUUUUUGUUUUAUGCAUUGUACAAUUGUUUUACAACCAAAAGCGUUACUUCUCUAAACUUUUUUUUAUAUUUUUCUUUUCCGUGCCACACCCUAGUUAUAGUUUUCGUAAUGUAUCUUAAUUUAAAAACUGAUUCGUGUUUAAACAUUUUGUAAUUUUGUUGCUCAUCCAAUAUCAAUGAAUAAAAAAAAACAAUACAGUGAAAAACAA